CGGUGGAGGUGCACCGCGUGUACCGGUACCCCUUCGAGCAGGUGGUGGCCAGCUACCUCCGCAAGUAUCCCAGUCCCAUGGAGAAACACAUCACAGCUGUAGAGACAGUGGAAGAGAAAACAGAUUUGUCUACGGGGAUUGUUUACCGGAGGAGAAUUGCAACGUGCCAGAAUGUGAUUCCUGAAAUUUUAAGAAAGGUCAGUAUCUUAAAAGUGCCUGACAUCUACUUGGAAGAGGAAUCUUGGCUUAAUAUGCAGAAAAGAAAUAUGGCUAUGAAAACUCAUUGUCUUACGUGGACACAGUAUGCGUCUCUGAGCGAGGAGUCUGUCUUCAGAGAGAGCUUGGAGAAUCCAAACUGGACAGACUUCACACAAAAAGGCAGAAUAUCAGUUACGGGGGCAGGUUUGCUCAACUGUGUGUUGGAAGCUUUUGCUCAAUCGUUUUUAAAGCAAGGUGUGAGGAAGGGUAUUAAAAUAAUGGAGACACUUCUUCAGGAGCAGCGUGAGUGAUCGUGCUCUCAGUGAGCAGCUGAGGAAAUGUAUUUGCAUAGAGUUUCCUUGGAACAGCAUAUCUUCAUUGCCAUUGGAAUUCCAUGGCUGUUGUCUGAACUUUACUGGUACCAUUUUAUUGAGGAAAGAGCAUUUACUGUGCACAGCUAGAAGAAAAGAAGACCACAGACUGCAAAUCUUUUACAAAAGAUUAAGGAAUUCUACUACUUAAGAAAACGUUGAUCGUGAAAAUCAGGGAGGAACAAGUGUAAGCUUGGAAACAGCAUCUUGCUGUGAAUUGGUGCUAUAAUCUCUAGAGACUGAGAAUUCGGUAAGGGAACAUAGAGCAACAAAACAAAAAUAGCCCUUGUUGCCGUGAAGCCACCCUUGCCUAGUCAACCAGUUGCUUUGUGUCUUGUCAAGGGAGGUACAAGCACACCCCAUGCGCUGUUUAUUUCACAGCUUGAUUCUGUGGGGUGGAGGCUUCAUUCUACAGAAAAGAAGCUCAACUGUAGCAGCUGAGUAGGGUUACUGUUCCCACUUCUGAUUGCUGUGUUGGAAAUAUUUCGUUAUUAUACCCCUGCCAGCAUGAUUAUUUUCAGCUGUGAAGACAUGCCUCAAUACAAGUUUUGCAUAUAUUUGAAUUCUUUCAGAAAGUAUUUCUCUUGUAUUGCUUCUGAAUAGAAGAAGAAGAAACCCAGAGGGGAAUUGAUAAAGUGUAAGUAAAGUUCCUGACAAAGAGUGUCUCAUACGCUUCUCUUCCUUUUGUUCCACACACAGCAUCAGGAUAGUUUUAUUUUAAACUUUUCAUUUAAAAUUCAGAUAAGCACAAAACCGUCUUUGAUACCCUUUACUGAGUUAGGGUAAUACCACACUUUACAAAUAGCCCCAUUAAAGUCUGUGUUUGUUCUUUGUGGAGAUUUGAACCAGUUAUUUGAUUGCCCUAAAGCAAAAUGAUCGGCUUUGCAUUUUUCAGGGUGGGUUGUGUUUUAUUUUCUCAAAUGUGAUGUAAACUCUCGGUGGACUCUUCCUUAUGCUAUGCCUGAGUGCUGCGGGCCUGCUUAUUUCAAUAUUUAAUGGUCUCAACUAUCGUAUUCUGAAGCUAAAUGAGCGUACUACUAAACAGCCCAGCCACAGACUGUGGCCACGCGCCAGCUCUCCAGUAGUGUGAAUCCAUGAACCUUUGCUUCCGUGGCUGGUGCUACAAGUUUACAGCUAGCCCAUACCUUGUGAUGAGAGACCCAUGGCACGGUCCUUAGGAAAUGACUGUAUUUUGUAUUGGCCUAGUGGAACAAAAUACUUUCCCUUCAUCUUUCUUAUUUUGGUUAUUAACUGAUUCUUGUGAAUUUGGACUCUGAGUACUGAACAGUAAAUAUUUAUGAAAUGUAAUGGCCAAGACUAAAUACAUUCAUUAGCAUAUUUAUUUUUAUUGAGUUGCUGCUUUGUGUGCCUGAGGAAAUUAUCACAUUACUUCUAUUUGAACUGCUAUGUACAUUUUUAGGACUAGCAUUUUUAUUCUUGCAUCACUUGAUUUUGGAAUUAGGAUGGGAAGCAUGUGUGUCCUCCCCCACUCCCAAAGUAGAAGUAGUGUGUGAAUAAUGAAAGUUCAGUAAAAUCCGGUCUCUUCUUCAAAGCCUGAGUUGCCCAUCUGUUUACUGGUAGGUGCCAGAAAGAGAAGGGUUAAGACUUCUCCUGGGAGCAAGGUGCUUUUUGUGAUGCCAGGGAGUAAGGUCAAGGUGGUGGAAUCGCCUGGCCCUUGCUGGAGGCGCCCGGACCCCCUGGGCUCGUCCCCCGGGGCUCAGGUCUGCCCUGGUCUGCUGGAGAACAACCCCGCUGGGCAGGGAAUGACCCCGCUCCAGCCGCAGACCGGCAGCUGCAAGUAGCUUUUGUUUGGAAGAUCUUCGCAUGCUGUGUCCUGCACUGGAGCUUAAGUCGUCGCGCUGCUAAAAGGCAUUCCUGCUUUUCCCCGGGAGCAGCCCCUGGUCAGAGGGAGGUCUGAGGAGCUCUUGUCGGCAGAGCGGACGGAGUCCCUCAAGGCGCUGCAAAGUGAGUGGCCGGGACAUGGGGAUGUGAUGGGCACGUUCCCCGGGGAGCAGGUGCGGUGGCACAGUAUCAAACAUUCAGGUCAAUCCCAGUGGGCAGUUAACUUCACCCAUCUAAUUUUUUUCAGAAACAA